GGAAAAACCCCACAAAAUAAAUACUAAACCCCUCACUUCUAUUUCAUCUCCAAUUUGACAUACCAAAAACAUAACUAGUCCCUAUAUUUUCCCUGUCUCCAGAAAACCAAAAAUGUCCCAAACAAAUCUCGAAUCAUACCCUCCUCUAUUUCGCCCACACACCCCAACCAAACCAACAGACGACGUCGUUCUUCACGAUGUUAUUACCGAAGUUCCAGAACUUCCUCUAAUAGAUCUUCAGUGUCUGAAUCCUGAAAAACUCGGUGAAGCUUGUAAAAAUUGGGGUUUUUUUCGAUUAGUAAAUCAUGGGAUUCCAUUAAAUCUUCUGACCGAACUUCAAGAUUGUUCUAAGAAAUUAUUGUCUGAAUCUUUUGAGUAUAAAAAGGGAGUGAUUAUUAGUCCAGUGUCCUACUUUUGGGGGACACCUGCCCUUAAUUCUUCUGGAGGUACUAUAAGUAGCUCUUUGCAUAAUGUUAACUGGGUUGAAGGUUUUAAUGUUCCUCUUGCUCAGCUUCCUCAGUUUCAAACUGAUGAUCUCAUGCUUCAUUCUUUCAGACUUUUGCUGGAAGAAUAUGGAGAACACCUAGCAAGAAUUGCAACAACUAUAUUCGAUGCAAUUGCAAAAAUCCUCAAUCUAAAUAAUUCUGAUAAAUCAAAGUCUUAUUUAUCAGAAUCGACCGGAGUUUUACGCAUUUAUCGAUACCCUAAAUGCGCUUUAGCUGAUGAAACAUUAGGCAUGGAAGCUCAUACAGAUAGUUCAGUGCUUUCGAUAUUGAACCUUCAUGAACAAGUUGGUGGACUUGAACUUCUCAAAGAUGAGCAAUGGCUGCAUGUUGAGCCUAUUCCUAAUACUCUAAUUAUCAACCUUGGAGAUAUGAUGCAGGCGAUAAGUGAUGAUGAAUACAAGAGUGUAAAACACAGAGUAAAGGCAAACAAAUAUGAAGAGAGAUUAUCAAUUUGCUACUUUGUAUUUCCGGCUGAAGAAUGUGUGAUUCAAACCUCAAAAUACAAGCCUUUUACUUACAAAGAUUUCCAAAAGCAAGUACAACACGAUAUAAAAACUACUGGAUUCAAGGUUGGGCUUCACAACUUCAAGCAAAUUCAACCUCUAGAACCAGCAAGUUGAGGAAGAUGCAUCAGUAAUCACCUGCGCUGGUUAAGCUAUUAAAGAGAUAACGGGGAUAAUGAUUUAUACAACUCAAUGGUAGCUCUGUUGCAAUCAAAUACUAUGGUAAUU